AUGCCACGACACAGCAACAGUGACGAUGGCACGGAUCAACAAGUCCCGACCGGAUCGUCCCCUCAAGACCAAGGCUUGAUAACACCACUUUUAUCACAUGCCCAAUCGAUCCGUCAAACUUCUAGUCUUCGUCAACGACGUGAGCUUUCUUCCAAUCAAAGGCUCUUGGACCGAGAUGCCACUUUCUCCCAAUCCCAUGGGCGUUGGGGGGUUCAACGUUUGUCGAGAUUACAACGACGUUGGUGUCUAUCACGAAUAUGGAACGACGGGAUCUUUGGAGAUUGGUUUCAUCGGUUAGCCUAUCAGAAGACUUGGAUUCUGAUGGGGAUCUUAUUUGUGACGUACGCUUCGAUGGUAGUCUUCUUUGCCUUUGUGUACCUGGGCGUUUCGAUAUUGGGCAGCAAAACCGAAGUUGGCCCGGAUGGUUCCAAAAAAGUGAUUGCCUUUUGCCAUAUGGAUAUCAACAACCACAUGGAAGCACUCUACUUCAGUCUAUCGACCAUGACGACUAUUGGAUAUGGAGUCUCCGACUACUACUUUGGAGGUUGCUGGACUCCUCUCUUACUGGUUUUGUGGCAGGUAUGUUGUGCCAUUACUUUUGAUGCUGUCGCGGUUGGGCUCCUGUUUCACAGGAUAUCGAGGGGAACAAAACGGGGCAAAAACAUUAUCUUUUCCGACAAAGCGGCAAUUCAACAAGUCAAUGGAGUAUGGCACUUUAUGUUUCGUAUGGGGGAAUUGCGACAGUACCAUUUGAUCGAGGCCACAGUUCGGUGUUAUUGUGUCAAGCACGAACGAUGGCCAUUGUCAGCUACCAACAAUACAAUCGAAUUAAACCCUGACGCUGCUACCAAUGACAAUCCAAACUCUAGUACAGAAAUCAACACAACAUACUUUGUCAGCCGUCAAAUGAAACUGAAACAUCCCGAUGAAGAGUACGGGUCCCAUUUGUGGAUGGGGCUCCCUCAAGUUAUUGUCCAUCGGAUGGACUCUCAAUCCCCAUUAGUUCCGUCAUCACAAACUUGGUACGACGAACAAGGAAUGGAACAUUCCACUCCAUCAAUGUCACCGCAGGAAGAUGAAGAACAGGGGAGUAAUACUACCAUUGCCAAUUCCUUGGAAGACUUUUGGUGGGACCGAAAUGUCGAAGUUGUGGUUUUGGUACAAGGAGUUGACGAAGCCACGGGUGCCACUACCCAAGCGCGGCACUCCUACAAGGCGUCGGACCUGAGAUGGAACCAUACCUUUGUUUCCUGCAUUCGACCGGCCCCUCGGACAACGAGACGGUCGUCCACGCGGCAAUCCAUGGCGGCGGAAGUGGACUUUUCCAGCUUUCAUGGGAUGUUGCCAGCUCCCAUCCAUUGCCAACAGUCUCCGUUCAUACCGCCAAACUAG